AUGCCCCCCUCCACCAACACCAUCAAAACCCGCCUCUGUCUAAUCUCCGACACGCACAGCCUCCCCCCGAACCCGCCAACAGACACACACAACCCCUACCGGCAUCCACUCCCAAGCUCCAACAUCCUCCUACACGCCGGAGACCUCACGAAAGUAGGCCGAUACUCCGAACACCUAGCCAUGCUCUCCAUGCUCAAGAACGCCCCCGCGGAACUGAAGCUCGUGAUCGCGGGAAACCACGACAUCACGCUCGACGAGGAGUACUAUAACCGCGUGGGGCAUUACCGCCACCGAUAUCGCAGCGGAUACACGGCGCCGUCGGCGACGUAUGGCCGGGAGAAGUUCAUCUCAGGAGGCGGGACGGAGGCCGAGGAUGACGGCGCGGUGGAGGACCCCGCGGCGAUAAAGGCGCUGUGGACGAGUCCCGAGGCGGAGGCCGCGGGGGUGCGGUAUUUGGAGGAAGGGACGAGGGAGUUUCGCCUGACGACGGGGGCCAGGGUUCGGGUUUAUGCGUCGCCGUAUACGCCGGCGUUUUGUGAGUGGGCGUUUGCGUAUGAGCGCGAAGAGGAUCGGUAUGGGGGUGUUGAGGGGGCGAGGAACCCCGUGCCGACGUUCCCGCCGGGCGUGGAUGUGAUGCUGACGCAUGGUCCGCCGUAUGGAAUUCUGGAUCAGGUGGUGCCUGGGCAUGAGAGUGUGGGGUGUGAGCAUCUAUAUCGGGCGGCGGAGAGGGCGAAGCCGCGGGUGCAUGUGUUCGGACAUAUUCAUGAGGGCUACGGGGCGAGGCGGUUCGAGUGGAGUACGCAUAAUCGGUCGAUGAUUCAGGUUGACGAGUCGACGGCCAGGGAAGAGCGAUGUGCGUAUGUGGAUGUCAGCGAGAGCUCGCCAAAUCCGUUGCGCAUGGGCAAGGAGACGCUGUUCAUCAAUGCGAGCGUCGUGACGGUGCAGUAUGAGCCGGCCAAUGCGCCGUGGGUGGUGGACGUGGAUCUACCGCUGGAUGAGGGCAAUUGA